UCAACAACAAUCCAAAGCAUUUUUUUUCUUUUCAUUCAACAUAAAUCCAAAAAGAAUAGAAAAUAGUUUAGUCUGCGGGCUAACGUGCAUAAAAUUUGGAUUACCUGACAUUAAUGAGAAGAUUUAGCAGCAUUCGUAUUUGGACGUUAUUGUUUAAUAGCUGCACUAUUUAUAUUUUGGCGCCAUUUUUCAUCGUUUGCUCUUGUGCUGGAGCAUUCUGUUAUUGUUUUACUCACAGCAGCACCUUUUCAUACAGGGUUUGAUAAUCGGGAGUUAUGGAGGAUACGGCAUUUAUGGAAAUCGAUGAGCAAUUUUCUCUCCCCAAUUUGAACAGAGGCAAAGAAAAAAUCGUGAACGAUGCUCCCGAUAAAAAGAAUGCUCCCUGGGUUGAAAAAUACCGCCCCCAAUCCCUCGCAGACGUUGCCGCUCACAAAGAUAUCAUCGAAACAAUUGAUAGGUUGACGAGUGAGAAUAGGCUGCCUCAUCUUCUACUUUAUGGUCCGCCUGGAACUGGGAAGACGUCUACUGUGCUGGCCAUGGCACGGAAGCUUUAUGGGAGUCAGUACCAGAACAUGAUACUUGAAUUGAAUGCCUCUGAUGACAGAGGAAUUGAUGUUGUUCGAAUGCAAAUUCAAGAUUUUGCAAGCACCCAGAGCUUCAGUUUUAGUGGAAAGUCAAAUGUGAAGCUAGUAUUAUUGGAUGAGGCAGAUGCCAUGACAAAAGAUGCUCAGUUUUCCUUGCGUAGGAUUAUAGAGAAAUACACCAAGAGCACAAGAUUUGCUCUCAUAUGUAAUUAUGUGCAUAAGAUCAUUCCAGCAUUACAAUCGAGGUGUACAAGAUUUCGUUUUGCUCCCCUUGAUGCUGCAAAUGUUACACAACGGCUCCGACAUAUCAUAAAUGCAGAACAGCUUGACGUCACAGAGGGUGGAUUGUCAGCAAUAGUUAGACUCAGUAGUGGUGACAUGAGAAAAGCUCUGAACAUUUUACAGUCUACACAGAUGGCUUCUCCUCAAAUAACUGAAGAAGCAGUCUACCUUUGCACAGGAAAUCCGAUGCCUAAAGAUAUUGAACGAAUAUCGUUCUGGUUACUAAAUGAGUCAUUUUCAAAUGCUUAUCUUUACAUCUCUGAGAUGAAGACUGCCAAGGGUCUGGCUCUUGUUGAUAUUAUAAGGGAGAUUCCCAUGUUUAUCUUCAAUAUCAAAAUGCCAGAAACUAUUCGUGUUCAGCUUAUUAAUGCUUUGGCUGAUAUUGAGUAUAGGUUGGCUUUUGGAACAAAUGAAAAACUACAACUUGGAUCUCUUAUAAGUGCAUUUACGCAUACUCGUGCUGCAUUGGUUGCAGCUGCUAAGUAAGUCAUCAAAUAGUUUCUUUCCAGCUGCCAAAACUGGAAAAAAAGACAAAGCAGCACAAGAUAUCCCAUUGGCAGGUGUAUGUUGUAAAAUUCUCUUUCUAGAAUUUGAAUAUAAAAUGUAUUAUAGAUGAAGCGACAAGUGACAAGCACAGCAAUAACCCUUUCACUAGCUCAUUUUGUGACACAAAAGAUAAAGCAAUACCUUGGAAUUGCUAUAGAUAAUGGAUACAAUUUAAGGUUUUGCUGUAUGGAGUAUCUAUGAUUGAGUUCAAUGCUGCCAAGCUUGUAGCAUUAGUUCCAGACUAUUGAGUAUUAGGUGUCAUUCCUCAUGCUGAGGUGAGAUGCUUUCUGCUCAUGAGCAGAAUCAGUUCAGAACAUUUGAAAGCUGGUUAGCAUUCUACACGUUGAGGAUAUAAGCACUUUGUUCAGGAGCAGAAUUGGCAUGAAAUCUGAUUGGUUGGAAGUUAAUGGGGCAUCUCUAUAUUCUUUUGCGCAGAAAGGCUUCCUGAUAUUUAUCCACAUUUUUGAUAGACCCGUUCAGGUUUUGAAUUUAAGAUAUAAAACAUUUUGGAUAUUUAUGGCCGAAAUCUUGAAGUUGCUUACUUUCGUAUGAAUCUUAAUAUAUUGCAGUGAUAGAUGGCACUAGAUUUUGAUCUUA